AUGUCACCAAGUGUUGUUGCUUCACGAAAUGCUGAAUGUGACACUCCUAAAGGCUUCAGAGUCAAUGCUGCUCCUGUUCUGGCAGCCAAAGUUGGAUUCAAGUGCCCUGUAUGUUCAAAAUUUGUAUCUUCUGAUGAAAUGGAUUUACAUCUUGUGAUGUGUUUGACAAAACCGAGGAUAACCUACAAUGAGGAUGUGCUGAGUAAAGAUACUGGGGAGUGUGCAAUAUGCCUGGAAGAGCUGCAGCAAGGAGAUACUAUAGCACGGCUGCCUUGCCUCUGCAUAUAUCAUAAAGGCUGCAUAGAUGAAUGGUUUGAAGUAAAUAGAUCUUGCCCUGAGCAUCCAUCAGAUUAAGACAAGAUUCAUGUUUUUAGCUGCUUCCACUGAUCGGAAAACAUAGGAGACUGAGGUUCCCUCGCUGAACACAGCGUGCCUGGCUUGAGACUUACGGUUCUUUGGGGCUGAGAAGGGCAAACGUGGACAGUGACGUGGAAUAAACAUUGCAGAGACCCGUUACUUGCCAGUAGUGCUCAGUAUACCAAACACUCAUGCAAAGGACACACAGGGAUUUUGAAAAUGCUGCACCUUCUGUAUCAGUCCACUCCCCACAGACGUUAUUGAUGCUAUUUUCUACUGAAAGGCCAAAGUUCCUAAUUUCAGCCUAACUUCUGGUUCUGUGAAGAAGCCGAUUCUUGGACGCGUUUCCCACUGCCUCAAGUGGAAGCUGAGACGUUCGAUACAUGCUCUCUGAGACUCUUAACAGGAGGAUGGCCCCGUUUUUGAGAGGGAACGCUUUCACCUUCUUAUUGGCUGAAGAAGAGUAAAUGGCAACCUAAAUAUAAUAUAAUCUAACAGUGUGACCUUAUUUACUGAAAUCACGCCCUAUAGUAUGUUCUUCACUUUUUUCAAGAGCAGAAAACCUAAACUUCUCUGCAUAGGAAUCCUAUAUUUCAAAGUUUUGUAACUGAACCUUUGUCACAAUGCAGUCCAAAGAGUAAAACCAAGACAGGUUAACUAAUUUAUAUUGAUCAAGCUAUAGGGAUCGUUGAAAUCUGCACAUUGUGUUGCUAUUUAAGUAACUAAAACUUCUCUUUUACUGCUUGUGAGUGAAACCGAAAAAGAAAUGCAGCAAAGCAAAAUCUUACAGCUAUGCAACUUUUUUUUUUUUAAUAGGAAAAAAAAAAAAGAAGAAUUACCAAUUUUAAGUGCUGCCAGUUAAGGUAAUUUGUUUAACGGGUAUUUUUUUAAAAACUAUUUCAGGUAAUUAUUUUAUUAUACUACUCUCAUCUCCAGGCUGCCUCCUGAGGUGUAAAUGAAUAACUGCAAAUGUGGGCACAGCAAGUUUUUUGUAGGCGUGGGAGAUAACAUCGAGGUAGGAUUUGUGUUUAAUUUUUAAAACACUUAUACGCAAGCUUUUUUUGUUUCCUUGUUUUAAUAUUUUUUGAUGGCAGGAUCUGUAGUACUUUGCAUGUGAAUCAUUGGUCUCUUCAUGUGAAGACUGGCAUUUGACAGUGUGAUUUGAUUUUUUUUUUUUUAAGGCACCUGCAUUUGUUUAAUUUAUUGUUAUUUUACUAUGUUAUAUUGAUACAACCAGGGCUCCAUGAAAUGUAGGAUGUAUCUGGAGGAGUACACUAAGUAAAACUGUGGAUAAGUAUUAGUUCCCAUAAAGUAUCAAAGUUCAAAAAAAAAAAAAAGACAAAAAACUGGAACAAAUAUCAGGGCUUAGAAGCAUACUUUUUAUAUCAAGAAUUAAUUCAUAGUUUCUGAAUUUCAUAGUACAGGGAAGAGUUUAUGAUUAUUUAUUAGUGACAGACGUUUUAGUGGUUUCAGUAGUUAAAAUAAAUCGCACAACACUUUAAAUGUUUUUCUUGUGCAUACAUAAUUCUGCUUUCCUUUUUUGUUUAAAUACAUAUUUCUCUCUGUUGCUACUGUGAUUCAUAUCAAAAAGGGCAAAGAAAAGUAGCAACUGCUGCUAUCCAGGAAAACAAGUGCAUUGCAUGUUAUUAGACUCCUAUCUUGCUUGCAGAGUGAUUCUUGCCUGGAUAACGUUUUCCCCUGAAUGUUGUUCUGUGAAAUGCCUUUGUUGUGCUGCAAAUCAGGAGGAGUCCAAGCUAGAUAACAGUCAUGAUCAACAGUGCGGUUUCUGCAUUUUUUUGACUUGCAUAACUGGUUUCAACUGAACCUGUAGCUAUGGGGCCCUAUUGUAUUCCCUUUUUCAGUGGGAGCAGAACCAUUUUGUCAUACUUUCAAUUCAGUAGUCAUAUCAAAUGUACAGUAGUUUCCUGUACAGAUUCCUUUUUAGCAGAGAAUCAUUGUGUUGCCUUGUAUUAUCAUUAAGGGAGGAAAAAUUACAGCACCUGUAGUAUUUUAAUAGUGAUGUUGCCUGGAGGUCCACUUUUCCGAUGUUUUGAAUUUUUCUGUCUUCUGAAAGUAAAGCAUUUGCAUUGAUUCAAUGUUUACUGUUGGCUUCAUGCCUAUAGGAACUGAUCUGUAGUAUGUAAAGGAGGUAGGUUAGUGUUUUGGUGUCCCAUGCUCCAAGGUCGUAGAUAGUCUUUGGCUUGGGGAUGAAAUAGAUAAAUAUUUAUAAACACAAAUCUGUUUACAACUUAAGCUUAGUUUCAGUAGUUCAUAUUUUAGUACAUUAGCUGCUUUUUUUUUUUUUUUUUUUUGGUAAACCUUGAUUUUCUGCAAUCAGAUGCAAGUAGAUGGUUUGAAGACCCAACAGUCAUCACUGCUGACCUACACUCAGGGCCGAUGUUGGAAAAGCGUGCCACUAGCAAUUGCUUCAAAUCUGUGGUUUUGCAGGCAACAGUUGGCCCAGUUGAGCAGCAAUACUUUGGAUUAUUUGAUACAAGGUCAGCCUUAGACCCUAGUUUUGCAUUCUCAGUAUACAUAAAUGUCCUUUCAAAACCUAUGGAAAGUUGGCUUGUAUCAAAACCUGUAAUAUGGACCAAGCCUACAGUGACCCUAGACACAUAAGACUGGUGCUUAGGUUUAAAAAGUCCUGUGGAAAUUCACCUGCAUUAAGCUUUCUAUCACCAGCUAUGUUGGUCAGUUGGAGAUGAGCGCGCCGUAUACGCAACUCUAGUUAUUGGCAACACCUUCAUUUUAAAAACAUCCUCACAGCGGUCCUGAAUCAUUGUGCUUCAAAAGAGGGAAGAAACACCAAACAAAGAGUCCUUUUGUCUCAGUCACAGAACACCAUGCUUGUCCACAAGAAGCAAUAAGUUAAAUUAGGAUGUGAUAUGCUUCUUUGCCUGUAAAUAUAUUGAGAUUGCCAAUUCUAUGUUGUCUCAGAAUAUUUUCUGUUAUCUGGCCUAUAUCUUCUCAAAGUAUGUAAGGCUGUGAAGCAAUUUCCAUACUCAGGUCUGCUAUUAACAAGCUGCUUGCCAGAAGAGGAAGAGUAGACACAACGCUGUCUUGAAAUGUGAGGUUUUUUUGAGUUUGUAACAUAACUGGGUAUCUUUAGUAGCAACUGUUUUUCUAAAGUUAAUAGUGCAAGUGGCUAUGAUUGGGAUUGUAUAUAACUGUAGUCCAUACAAUGCCAAGAGAGCCAUGCUACUGUCAGUACAGGGCACUGAUUAGCCUGUCUGUUAUAAAUCAGUACAUCUAUAAUAACAUUUUUCUUUGAAGUAAUCAGCUAAUUUUCUUUCAACAUGUACAUUAGAUGGUGAGUUCAAUGGGACAUAAGGAAAAAUAUGAAGCACACUGCAAAUUGGCAGUAUUUUAUUUUGGGGAAAAGUAAAGUGUAAGACAGAUGGUCUUGUUUGUAAUCAAUUUAAUUUUCAUAUUCAAGGGUAAGCGUACUGCAGUAUUUUUAAAUGGUAAGUUUGUAGGUAAUGUACAAAGAUGUGGGUGGAUACUUGUGACCUUUUUUCUCUCUCUACUCCCCCUCUUUAUGAUAUAAAGAGGGUUUUAUGACUUAAACAAUCUUGAGAUUUAUAUAUUUAUCCUAGUUCUUAAUGUUAGGAAUACUAGCUUUUUAAUUAAAUUUUUGCUGAAAGGCUGGAGAGCUAGUAAACCUGACUCCCAGAAGACUAAAAUCUCAGCAAACGGGGAAAAGAUAAUUUUUAGUCAGAAAUCUAGAUCUUUGGUGUUUAUAGAUGGCUAAUGUCUAAUACACGUGAGAUGUGUUUAUGGACGUUUUUAGUAUGCCUUCUUUUCCAUUGGAGGGCUUCAGAAACUCACCUCAUUUUUCCUGUGUUCCACCAAAAGCAGGGAACUCGGCACUUGAAUAUUCUUGCUAUCUCUAAGUAAACAGCAACAAAGCAUACGUUGGUUCUGGUGCAAACUGUGAUAUCUCUGAGUUUCUGUGAAUUUUAGCUGCUUUGUCACAUUGAAAAAGAACAUUUGUGUGUAAAUUUGGUUUUGCUGUUUUGUACCUGCUGAUUCUGAUGUACAGUUGCAGUUUCCCGAGAUCCUGGAGUACAGAAAUGCUACUACGGGAUCUUCCAACUUACCUUUGCUAUGGGAGAUUAACUCAUUUUUUCCGACUAUGCUACAUUUUGUGAUUCAGUUUCUACCCCUCAAAGCUUAACACUCAUUAUCAGAUUCUUCCCUUCUUCCUAGAUGAAGAAAUGAUACUUCUUUAGAGUCUUGUCCCCCUUAAUCCUUGGAAAUGCUUUCCAUUGGCAUCAUUAAGAGACAAGUAAGAGAAUGUAGUUGGAAGAGGAAGGCUUAUUACAGUUUUGCUGCCACCCAGACAAACUCUGCCCCCCACCCCCCCACCCCGUGGCAGUGUCAUCAGCUUGUGCCACUUAGGUUUUUGUCAUCCAAAAUAUGCCGUGUGAGAAAUUUGCACCAGAACUGUGGCCAGUUUCUGCUUCCGAAAUGCAAAACGUCUAUGAUGUUUUUCUGCAUAAAUUAACAGAAGCGCUGUUUGCUCCUAAAAUCAGGUUGAAGAUGGUUUAGCCUGUUGAAAAAGAACAGCGUUGAGAGUCUCUGCAGUUGCAUUUGGUUAUCUUGUGAGUACGGUGCUACGAUUUGGUUUGCUUCUCAAGCCACUGCCUAGUGUACUGCACAGUAAUUUCUCAGUGAGUACAUCAGAGCUGAUGACAGGAUACACUGUAAAAUGACCUAAUUGUGGGGCAUUACUAGUUGCUGAAGUCUUGCUCAGAUACACUGUCAUAGGACUAUCCUGCACCUGAAGAUUGGACUUGGUUCUGUCUCUGACCUAAUAAGUUGCCAAUGUACAGUAGCUCGCAGGCAGCGAGCCUGCUAGUCGCUGAUCUUUCUGGCAGCUUUUAAUCUAUGUAUGUUUGUUUGAGAGACUUUUGCCCUUGGGUGUGCUUUGGCAAAGAUCUUGCAAUGAUAAGUCGGAUUUGCUUGAUUCUGGCAGAGUUUCAAAUGUAAGUAACCUGACGUUGCAAGUACCUAAUCUGUUGCUGAAUCCUGUUGCUCUUGUUUUCCCUCAGAUCUGUCCUUUUUUUUUUUUUUCCCUCUCCAAUUUGUUGUUUUUAAUAGUAAACACUUCUCAACAUGAGUGGUCAUGAGCUCCUGAGGUGUGAAAUGUAGCAGGAAAAGGCAUCAAAGCAGGAUUCUGUGUUCUUCCUGCAUAUAUUAAGAUGAAGCUCAAGUAUUCAUUAUUGUACAGUAAAAAAAUUCUCUUCUAGCUGAUAUUGCCAAAGUACUGUAACUUGCGAGGCAGAAAGGAGGCAGCUUAGGUGGAGAGGGGACGUCUGCAUGAACUACGUAAUUUUAAAAGCUGCAGCAUCACGUUUAACAAGUGGUGAUCCAGCGUUAACCUUAUCGCUUGACUGAGAAACUCGUCUUGGCUCUCCUUACCAUUUAGCAGCUGUACCUGCUGGCAGAGGGCGCAGUGGGGGUAUCCCCCCUUUUUUAUAUGCCUCUUUCCACAGAACUCACCCUGUUGACAAAGUGGUAGAUGGUGGUAAACUCCGGGAUCGCUUAGGAAGCGCUACGUUUACGUGUAGCCAUAAUGGGCAAGAUGUCUUCCUUCCUUACCCUAAGCAGAAAUCAGAAUGUAAUUUGCCAUGUCUAAUGUAAAAGACAUUUGUAAUUUUUUUUCUUUUUUAAUUGAGCAGUAUGAUUGCAAGCUGACUUAAGUUGUUGUAAGGUACUUUUUUUUGAUGGUCUGCCAGUACAUAAUCAUGAAUGAAAAUAUUUUUUUAUUGAUUUUUUUUUUUUUAGGCUGUAUGUGUAACAUUCCAUUCAUGUAAAAUAUGUACAAAUAUAUGUAAUAAAUCUUUUGAAGCACA